UUUUCCGGCCCCUUCCUUCCCCCAUCUUCCUCUGUUCGCUCCCCACUCCAGUACUCCACUCUGAGGUCUGAGCAGGGGGCAGCAAUGGCGCUCCUCCACCUCCUCUCCCUGCUCCUGCUCCUACUCUGCGCGGAGCCGGCGCUGGCGGGGGACCCCUUCGCCUACUUCGACUGGGAGGUCGCCUACCAGUCGGCCCGCCCGCUGGGCGUCGCGCAGAAGGUCAUCGCCAUCAACGGCCAGUUCCCGGGGCCGCCGUUGAACGUGACCACCAACUGGAACGUGGUGGUCAACGUCCGCAACGCCCUCGACGAGCCGCUCCUCCUCACCUGGCACGGCCUCCAGCACCGCAAGAACUCAUGGCAGGACGGCGUCACCGGCACCAACUGCCCCAUCCCCGCCGGCUGGAACUGGACCUACCAAUUCCAGGUCAAGGACCAGGUCGGCAGCUUCUUCUACUCCCCCUCCGCCUUGCCGCUCCACCGCGCCGCCGGCGGCUACGGCGGCAUCGUCGUCAACAACCGCGACGUCGUCCCCAUCCCCUUCCCCUUCCCCGACGGCGGCGACCUCACGCUCUUCAUCGGCGACUGGUACCUCAGGUCCCACAAGGAUCUCCGGAGGUCCCUCGACGCCGGCACGCCCCUGGGGGCCCCCGACGGCGUGCUCAUCAACGGGCUCGGCCCCUACCGCUACAACGACUCCCUCGUGCCGCCGGCGAUCGCCUACGAGCGGAUCAAUGUGGAGCCCGGGAGGACCUACAGGCUGCGGGUGCACAACGUGGGGGUCUCCACCAGCCUGAAUUUCAGGAUCCAGGGACACAGCCUGCUGCUCGUGGAAACCGAGGGCUCCUACACCUCGCAGCAGAACUACAGCAACAUGGAUAUUCAUGUUGGACAGUCAUACUCCUUCCUGGUCACCAUGGAUCAGAAUGCCAGCACCGACUACUAUGUCGUCGCCAGUGCCCGAUUCGUCACCGACCCCGGCGCCGUCGAUAAGCUCACCGGCGUCGCCAUUCUACAUUACUCCAACUCCCAGGGUCCGGCCUCUGGCCCUCUCCCUGCUGCCCCUGAUGACCAGUAUGACACUGCAUUCUCCAUAAACCAAGCCAGGUCCAUCAGGUGGAAUGUUACCGCCAGCGGUGCCCGCCCCAACCCGCAGGGUUCAUUCCAUUAUGGUGACAUUACCGUGACCGAUGUGUAUCUGUUGCAGAGUCAGCCGCCCGAGCUCAUAGACGGGCAACUGCGUUCUACUAUCAAUGGGAUCUCUUACAUUGCUCCAUCCACUCCAUUGAUACUUGCACAAUUAUUCAAUGUCCCCGGAGUGUUCAAACUGGAUUUCCCAAAUCAUCCGAUGAACAGACUGCCAAAAGUCGACACCUCGGUUAUAAAUGGAACCUACAAAGGCUUUAUGGAGAUCAUAUUCCAAAACAACGCCACAACAGUGCAGAGCUAUCACUUGGAUGGAUAUGCAUUCUUUGUCGUUGGGAUGGACUAUGGAUUGUGGACUGACAACAGUCGAGGUACCUACAACAAAUGGGAUGGUGUUGCACGGUCAACAAUCCAGGUAUUCCCGGGCGCUUGGACUGCUGUGCUUGUGUUCCUUGACAAUGCAGGGAUAUGGAAUUUGCGCGUGGAGAACCUGGACAGCUGGUACAUGGGGCAAGAACUGUACAUAAGCGUGGUGAACCCGGAGGAGGACCACAGCGACAAGACGCCGCUUCCUCUACCAGAUAACACAAUUUUCUGCGGCGCGCUCUCGAGCCUACAGAAGAUGUUGUAUUGCUUGCAGAGAACAAUCUCAUAGGUUCCAGUACUCUGGAGCUUCGCAGGUUGGGAAGACGGUGUCCACAGCGAUGAUCUCGAUGACAUGGUUGGCUGCUACCUGGUUGCUAUAUAGAUAGACGAAGACACUGCAUGGACCUGUUUUGUGGAAAUGAGGAAAGGAGGAGAGAAAAUCAUACAGUGGCAGUGCAGAGACAGGAGGAUGUUUUUUUUUUGGGUUAGUUUAAAGCAAUGGAUGCCCCCAAUUGUAGAGUAGAUGGAGUAGGAGGAAAUUAAUCAUCCCAUUCAAGAUGUGUAGUGCUACUAGCUAGUUUUUGUGUGUAUGUGUUUACUGCUUCAAAUUCAUCGCAGUCGUUGCCAGCUUGGAUUUGGACCGGAAGUCGGUCCCGGGCACGGGCACGCAUAUGGGUACCAACUUGGUCUCCUGAAUGUAGAGGGGAGGAAGUUGUCAUGUGUUUGAAAUUGGACUGAAAA